AUGGCCGACUCCAACAACACAAGGCCCGAUGAUUACCCUAGGUUGAGUCGUUCUUUUCAGUCCAUGAAGGCAGCCUACGACGUUGUAGUCGUUGGCUCUGGUUAUGGAGCGGGAGUUGCGGCGAGUCGAAUGGCACGAUCUGGAAAGAGCGUCGCAGUGCUUGAGCUGGGUUGGGAGUGGCGACCUGGCGCAUACCCAUACACUUCAGCGCAGUGCCUGAAAGAGCUGAACAUUUCCGGAAGUUCAAGCUGGCUGUUUGCAGGCAAACCCACUCAAUUAUUUCAGUUAAUCCUUGGCGACGGACAACACGCUUUCGUCGCUCAUGCGCUUGGCGGUUGCUCGCUUGUAAAUGCUGGAGUCUUUCUUGAAGCAGAUCAAGGAACAUUGCAGCGGGGACCAUGGCCACCAGAGAUCAAGAAUGACCCCUCCGGGCUUCAGAUGUACUACUCGCGUGCAGCAGAUAUGCUGCAGCCAUCGACCUAUCCGGCUAAUCAUCCACCCCUUGCAAAAUUAGAGCAUCUACGCAAGCAAGCUACCGCAGGUGCCACGAUACAGCCAAAUAGUGGAUCAGGAAAUGAAUGCACUGGUCAAAACGAUGGAUCUAAACACUCGGUCGCCACCACGUACCUGACAGCUGCUUGGUACUGGGGCGCUGAGAUCUUCUGCGGCUGCGAGGUACGGUAUAUUGAACAAGCGCCUGAUGGCCACGGAUACUUGGUCUACUUUGCCUGGCAUGGACGCGGGAGAUCUGCGUUUGAGGAGGAUUUCAAGACUCAGCUGUUCUGGGUAAAGGCUAACGACCUAUGCUUUCUUGGCGCUGGAUCUUUGGGGACCACAGAGAUCCUGCUUCGCUCAAAGAAAUAUGGCUUGUCAACUUCUCCAAUGAUUGGCAGGAACAUGUCCAGCAAUGGAGAUAUGUUGGCCUUUGGUGAGUGCAACGGUAACGAUGAGAUCAAUGGAAUCUCAGGAAAUCUGACGGGUCUUAGCAAUGGCUCUGGUCCAUUGAUCACUGGAGUAAUUGAUAACCGAGAAGCUAGUUCGUCGAAGGAGACUUUAGCAGGCUAUGUCAUUGAAGAUGACUGUAUUCCGGUGCCAUUUUUGCCAAUCACCCAAAUCAUGCUUAUGCUGCAAAGUCUCAGAGAUUAUACUUCCCCUGGGUUUCACGGUCCUAUGCAACACUUUUGUAAGGCUUUUGCAGGUAUCAAUUCCCUUAUCCUGGGGCCCAGAGUGCCAGGGGGCGCAAUCCAACGCACGGCAACAUAUCUAGUUAUGUCUCACGACAGCAAUGAAUUGACGUUGACCUUGACGAAUGACAAGCCAUGCUUUCGAGGGCCUGCGGAAGGUCGUUCUGAGAAUCGUGCUCGGAUAUUGAAGAUAUUGCGCACCAUGGUAAGUCGCACAGGGGCAACACUAGGGUAUUCAUACUUCUAUGGUCUUUAUGAGGAUGAAGUUACAGUUCAUCCUCUAGGAGGCGCUAAUAUGAGCAGAGAUGGCACAGGCCGUGAGGGUGUCACAAACCACAUCGGCCAAGUGUUCACAGGUCAUGGAAGUGCAGUCCAUGAUGGACUUGUGUGCUGCGACGCAUCGGUUAUUCCGACUUCUUUGGGUAUUAACCCUCUUGCAACGAUAUCUGCACUCGCCGAACGAUCGCUUGAGAAGAUUUCUCAAGAGUAUAAAUAUCCUAACAAUAUGUCGAGUACGAAGGGUGGUCUGGAUACCAGCUCCGAACCAAGCGUAUCGACCCAUGACCUGCCUGACCCUCAGGAUCACACAGACGUAUAUGAACAAACCAGAUCUAUUGGGUGGCAGUUUACAGAGGCUUUAGUUGGAUACGUCAGCACGCAGCGAAAGAAUGUGGAUUUUGUGGUGUCUGAGGCUUUAGGGAAAAGCGCGUCAUCUGAGAUGCGUAUGUUCCUUACCAUAGAGAUUUAUCGGAAACGAGGCCCUGACAAGCGUGGAUAUGAGGGUAUUUUUACCGGUACCGUGUCUUGCCGUCCGCUAUCAGCCGAAACGAUGAGGGUUACCGAAGGCAAAGUGCGGUUUUUCGACCAAGCAGAGACAGAAGCAGAGACAACAACUAUGGUAUAUUCAUUACAGUUACUUUCAGUGGAAGGUAAAGUCUUCCAAGCUGAGGGUCACAAAGCCAUUGACUCAACCGCAUCGUUCUCACCGAGUGAGAUGUGGAAGGCUACAACUAAGGUCAAUGUUCGCAUCGCACGAGAAGACUCGGCGAAGGUAGAAACAGGAGUCCUUCACAUAUCCUGGCCCUCAUUCCGACAGCAGAUAAAGACUUUUCGCGCUACAGAGCCGUUAGAACUAAGCGCUCUUUUCGCAUUGCUCGUCUUUUUAGUAUACUUUGCCCUCCGGCUAAGCAUGUUUUUCUUUCGCCCCUUUGUUUCAAUGCGACAACCUGUGAAUUACCUCCGUAAUACCUUAGCAGCGAAACGGGGACCCUCUACCCAACUUGACGUGAGGGCUAAAGAUGGUACCACGGUGCUUCUUCAGGUAUAUGAGCCAUUAGCAGUCACCGAUGAGGGAUACAUAAACGAGAACCUUGGUGAUCCUCCAAUCCUGUUUUUACCCGGAGUCACCGGUGUUGGUGCGAGACAUAGCAUCUUUGCUCUUCCUUUCCAGCGUCGCAAUAUGGUGGAAUAUUUCACAGCGCGCGGCUACCAGUGCUACGUAUUAACACCACGAUGGGGCUAUGUUGCAGCAGCAUUGCAAUACAUUUCAAGUCGAGAGGAGCAAAAGCCUUACGUGGUGGCUCACUGUCAAGGGUCUGUAGCCCUCGCGAUGGGGCUGUUGGAUGGUACCAUUGAUGGCACGCAAUUGCUCGGUGUCACGGCGAACUCGGUUCUCAUUAACCAAAGGUUCGCUUACUGGAACUCAGUCAAAGCUGCCACGCCUCUCUUGAUUCAUCUUUACGAGUCCCUCGCGGGAAGUUUCUUUCCAAUUGGUACGAGUCACGACAACCGUCUUAUCCAGAGAGUGCUCGAUGUCGUCCUACGCUCGUAUCCUGUCCGUCGACGUCGAGAUAUAUGUACAUCGACUGACUGUCACAGAACAUCAUUUGCAUUCGGGUUAUGCUGGAAUAAUGAUAACCUCGAUGCUCACAUCCAUGAAAAUAUUGGCCAGUUUUUCGCAGGUACUCACACAAAGAUUCUCGAGCAUAUUACCCGCAUGGGUACUCGUGGCGGAUGUUUGGAUAACCAAUUGAACCCACUUAUCACCCCAGAAAAUCUACGACGUCUACAUGGCUUGCCAGUGCUGUUUAUCACUGGAACUGCGAAUGAGGUAUUCGAUCCGGAAUCAACCCUGCAAGACUAUGAGAUGCUCCGACGACGAUUUGGAGAGCAUCUCUAUCGCAGAUUCUAGGCUGAGGGAUACGGACAUUUGGACACGAUUGUCGGCAAGUCGACCGCCGAUGAUGUCUACUGGAGGAUUACUGAUCAUC